AUGAUUCCUCAGGUGUUGGUCUUUCUCUUUCUUCUGUCCUUGCCCUUCUGCAUUGGCUAUUCUAUCUCCUGGGUGCUUUAUCACUGGGUAAAUCGAUCCAACCCUAACACAGGUAUCCGGAUCCCCCCACACCUGCCAGCAGUGAUUCCGAUCCUCGGCCACACAAUCCCCUUUUUGUUUGAUGGUGCAUCAUUCGUGAGACGGGCAACGACCUAUGCGGGAAAAUUAUCAUGCGUCCGAAUCUCGCUACCAUUGGCAGGUAUCUACCUCUUCCAGGAGCCCGAAGCAGUCGCUGCCUUGUGGAAACAUCCACUGCUCUCCAGCCCGAUCUUUAUUUACACCGUGGGCCUGCGGUAUUUGUUUGGCAUGAAAGACAAACCGCUCAAGACGUACAUGGCAGACGACGCCGGACCCUAUCGCAAACCACACCCCAAUAGCAAUGUGGCCCCGCAUAAUCGUGUCGACUAUCUGACUCACGACUCGCUACUGCGAGGCCUAUCGGGAGCAGGACUGGCGCACACGUUUCAACGCUGUCGAGAUACUGUUAUCUCGCAGAUUGACAGCUUGUGCAUCGAGGACGAAUGGGUCCAGAUGCCCGACCUGCUGCAGUUCUUUCGAAACCACGUGGGACGGGCGGUGCUCCAGUCCCUCUUCGGGCCGCUCUUGCUCAGCAUCAACCCGACGUUCAUGGAGGCCCUGUGGGAGUUCGACGCAGCGACUCCCUACCUGGCCAAACGAGUGCCGAGACUACUUGUCCCCAAAGCCUACCGCGUGCGGGACUCGUUGCUCGACCAGAUUCAACGCUGGUACCGGCAUGCUCGCGCCAACUUCCACGAGUCGUUGAUUGGGGAGGACAAGGAUGGGGACCCAUGCUGGGGGUCUCGCAUGAUGCGCGAGAGGCAGCAGUUCCUCCUAGCCGCAGACAACCAAGAUGAUGCCUCGCUGGCAUCCGCAGACUUGGGCUUGAUCUGGACCUCCAUCACCAAUGUCGUGCCCACUGCCAUGAUGGCAGUUCUCCACAUCUUCCAGGAUGCUACACUCCUCAGUCGCGUCCGAGAGAGUCUCCAAGCUCAUGACACAGCCUCCCAUGAGCUCGAAUUUGUUUUUUCUAUGGACAAGCUGCUGCAGAAUGAUCUCCUGAACGCGGUGUACGCUGAGACGCUUCGGCUCUACGUCCAGGCGUACGUGACACGCUGCUCCGCCCAUGAGCCCGUCUCCGUAGGGAGCUGGUGGCUGGGGCAGAACGAGGUCGUGAUGGUCAGUUCCUACGUUAAUCACAUGAACGGGCAGCUAUGGAAUACCCAGGAUGGGGAGCACCCGGUAGACAGCUUCUGGGCGGAUCGGUUCAUGGUCGACCCCAAGGAUCCACAUUCGGGGCCGAUGCGGGUUCACAGAGACCAGCCCGAUACUGGAAAUGCCGUUCCUCGUCUGGACGUCAAGGGAGCUGCUGGUCAGCCCAGCUUCUCCGUGAAGGGGCUGGAGGGGACGUGGAUCCCCUACGGCGGUGGCAGCUCAGCAUGUCCUGGACGCAUUUUCGCCAAGCGGCUUAUCUUGUUCACCUGCGCCUUUUUUGUCAGUCGAUACGAUGUUGAUAUUCAGGCCUCCUCCUUGGAUAUGGACUCCUCCGGAUUUGGACUGGGAACACAAAAACCAAAGAACAAGGUCCCGUUCGCCAUUCGACGGAGGCAGAGGCUCUGA